GUGUGGUAUAUGUAAAAUAUAUCCUUAUGUACACAGUUUCAGUGGUGGUCCUUUUGGUUGGAAUGCGGACUGGAGAUAUAAAGUGUUUAAUGCUCCCUCCCUGUGGUCUGGUUUGUCCUGGUGUCAGAUCCAGCCCAGUGGAGGCUGUCCCCUGGCUGUGAGCUGGUUGGAUGGUGGAGCUGUGGAGUUAUUCAGCCGACAGGGAGGAUCCCCACACAUCAUAUUCUCAUCCACAUAGCGCACGGUACGGCAGCAGCAGCAGCACAGCAGGGGGAACAUGAGGGAAAUAGUGCAUAUCCAGGCUGGCCAGUGUGGAAACCAGAUUGGGACCAAGGUAACGUGACAUUACAGCUACCUCACUGACUGGGAUGGCUGGACAGCCUUUCAUUCAAUAUAAUGCGUCUGGUGCUACAUUGCAUUGGAUCUGUAGAGGGAAAAUAAAACGUACAUUAUAUAUUCAAUAUUAACCCUUUUAAUUGCAGUGCGCUGGAUCAAAGGGUUAAUGAUCUUUGUAAUGGGAUCUUGCGUUGGGGCAGUGACUGGGUUUGUCGGCACUCCUGGCACUGUAAGGGUUAAGUUGAACUGAGCGGUGUGUCACCACCAGAGUUAGCCGAGUGCUCUCUUAUUGUGUCCCCCUGUUCUGGGGCUGAUAGUGAUUGCCAGAUGUUUGAUACAAUGUUUGUCUCAGUAUCUUGUCAUUAGAAUGUUGCAAGACGACCUCCACUCCCAACACAAAAAUGAGUCCAAAGUUUACCCAGACUGAACUGGUUUUUCUUUUUGGAAAUGCUUUGAUUUGGGGGAUGGGGAGGUGGGAGCUAUAAAACAGUAAAUGUGAAUUAGCAAGAAUAUAUUUUUUUCCCCUCGUGGCUGUGAUUGGGUGUGUUCUCUGCUCUUUAUUUUAUUAUUUAUUUCAUUUUCCAAAAAAAAGUAAAAAGAAAGCACAACGUGUUUCCUUUUCCUGAGGAGAGAUGAUGAUAUUAAUGUGAAACUAUGAGCUGUGUCCAUACAAGGCAGGGCUCAUACCCAGAGAUUGGACAGGACACUCCUAACACUAGCUUCUCCACUCCUGGCAAUGCCAAUGUGCCUAGUAAAACUCUUCACUUCAGAGAAAAACUCUACAAAAUCACCCAAGCAAAAUCGUUUAACUAAAGCAGUGGGGAUUCUUUGGUAUUUUAUUGGAACCACUGUUUUGGUUUUUUUUUCUCAAAUGUGAAUAUUUAUUGGGCAGAUAUGACUAAAACCUGUGAUUUAACUUGUAUUUCAUCAGACAUGUGUGUGGGCCCCUCAGUAUGUUUGUAUCCCUGUCACUGUGAGGGUUAAUUCCAAGUUCUGUUCCUGUGGGAAAUUCUUGUAAAUUCUGUCAAUUCAAAGUACUUUAAGAAGUGUAUUGUUCAAGGUUUGAACGAGACAGUUAUAAGGUUUAUUGAAGACAUUUAUAAAAUGUAAAGUGUGUCUGCUACAAAUCUCUUCUUAUAUAGGAAACAUUUGAACAGUUAGGUUAUUGAUACCACAAGGAAUAGCAUACAUUUUCAGUUACAUUUCUUACAUUUUAGGAAGAGUGUGGGCAAGGAGCUAUAUCAGACUAUCUCUCAUCCUUUUGAAAUCCUAGAAUUGUCCACCCCCCUAUGGCCCCUUGUCCUGCAGCAUUUGGAGCAGGGAGUGCCCCGGGUGCAUUUGUACAAUGCCAGGAAUUCCACCAGCUGCUAUGGACUCACCUCCUUCAGGCUGGCCUGGCACAAGGGCCAAAAUAUCAUGUUCCACUAAUGAAUAAGCCCAAGAUGAUGAACACAAGGUGGCACAUUUCAAACAUUCCUGAUUUGUUUUUUUCUCUCUUAAUUAUAAUUUCUUAGUCAAUCAGUGCCUCCUUGGUAUUACUUUCUAAAUUGCACACAUUAACACAUUAUACGAUUUGCACACAGAAAACAAACCACUGAAAGCAGUAGUUAAAGGGACACUUUAGUCACCAAAACAACUUUACCUUAAUGAAGCAGUUUUGAUGUAUAGAUCAUGUCAUUUAGUUAAAUCACUUUUGUUUCUGUUUAUGCAGCCAUGGUCACACCUCCAAUGGCUGUAACUCACACAGUCUGUAUAAAAAAUGGUUUAGUUUUCAAUCAGAUAGUAACUUGCAUUACAAUUUUGUAUUAUCAGCUCUCCAAAUUGAACUUUAAUUACAUACAGGAGGCUCCUGCAGGGUCUAGCAAGCUAUUAACACAGCAGAAGAUAAGAAAUUCUACAUUAAACCGAAUUUUCAAUAAAGGAAGUAUAAACAUUAUAUGACUCUUUACAGGAAGUGUUAGGAAGGCUGUGCAAGUCACAUGCAGGGAGGUGUGACUAGGCUGCAUAAACAAAGUGAUUUAAUUCAUAAAUGGCAGAUAAUUGAGCAGUGAGACUGCAGGGACAUGAUCUAUACACCAAAACUGCUUCAUUAAGCUAAAGUUGUAUUGCUGACUAUAGUGCCCCUUUAAGUUAUGAUACCUGUUAAAAUAGUAGAAACUUAUUGCCAGCAUGUACACCAUAUGGCUGUUCUCAGCUUUAUAACACUCACUUAAAUCUAGCUCUGGCCCUACAUUGACAUUAAUAAGGGGGUCAUCUCUGUCCCUCACUGUUUAUUUCCCUCUCUCUUUAUUUCUAAUAUUUUGUAAAGUUCUCUAUCAGGGUUAUUCACUAAAGUGAGAAUUAAAAGUUAAUUUCAAAUUUAAGGCCAAAGCAGUUGAACUGGAAGCAUAAGCUGUAUUAGAUAAUUUUUACGGAUUGGCUAUUGUGACUGUAUAUUUGAAAUUCCCUUUGAAUUCUCACUUUAGUGAAUAGCAUUAUAUUUUAUUGUUUUAUGGUUUGAAUGGGUCCGCAUCUUCAUCGCAAUCACUAGAGCAAUUGUCACCCGCUGUGUUUCUUUCACUAAACCAAAGAGGUGUGGAGGAAGAGGCUCACCCAGCAUUUGUGUAAGAAACAUUUUGUAGAACUGAAACAGAAAGGAUAGUUGGACCACUGUGAUUAGAUUCACAUUACUAUGCUACAAAUGGGACUUUGUGAGAUGUAUUCACUAAACUAUCAAGGUUACUCAUUUAUUCAGAAAAUGAAAAUUCCAAACCCUUAAUGCAACUCAGCUUUGGGUCUUUAGGGUUUAACAGAGCUUUCUCUCUUUCACACUUAAAAACCCCCUGCAAUUUCAGUAGAUAUCGGCACUUUUAUAAUGAUGCUAAGUUGCUUCCCCAGCUGUCUGAUUGAUACUCACUAUUCUUCAUUAAUUUGUGCUGUAAGAAAAAUUGCAGGAACAGCGCAACAAUAGCUGUGCAUGCGCCUUGACUCCCAAUGCUUGCCUAUUAGAAGCAUUUUAUUGGCUGGAAGAUGAUCAACACUUUCUUCUUUUUUGCCAUUGUCUCACCACAUGAUAAUUUGGUGGACUAUUAGCUACUUAAGUCAGUGGUUACGUAGCCCUGCAGUAUCACUGCUCAAUUCUUUGCCAUUUAGGAGUUAAAUCACUUUUGUUUCUGUUUAUUUUGACAUAGCAAUACCUCCCCUGGCUGUGACUGGCACAGCCUACAUAAACAAAAAAUGGUUUCAUUUUCAAUCAGAUCUUAACUUACUUUAGAAGCUUUUAUCUCCUGGUCUGUAAAUUGACUUUUAAUCACACACAGAGACAUUAUAAAUUAAACACACUGUGCAAUAAAGGAAGUGUAAACAUUAGAUCUCACUUUACAGGAAAUGUUUAGGAAGUCUGUGCUUAUUACAAGCAGGGAGGUAUGACUAGGGCUGCAUAAACAAAGUGAUGUAACUCCUAAAUGGCAGACAAUUGAGCAGUGAGGCCACAGGGACAUGAUCUGUACACCAAAACAACUUAAUUAGGCUAAAGUUGUUUUGGUGCCUGUAGUGUCCCUUUAAAUCGGAAGGCAAGGCUGAGGCUAAACUUGCCAAGCUGCGACUAUAGCUGACCUGGAUAAUUUUUCCAGAUCAAAUAAUUAGUCUCAGUUUUGGCAUUCAGUUUUAAUGCUCUAAAAUUCAGAGUUUAGUGAAUAACCCUGUCUAUGCUGCUAUAUUUUGAUCUACUUUAUUGUUGCAGGUUACAGAAUUAUUACCAAGGGGUUUAUUCAAUGAUCUGCAAAUUGUCAAAAAUAGCAAAACCGGAAACUCUCUCCAGUUUGGCUAUUUUACCCAAUUUGUCUAUUUUGGGCUUGACCAUUUUCUAAAUGUAUAGUCCAAAGAUUACCCACCCCUUUACAUGCCCAUAACCACUCCUUUACAUGCCAAUAACCACUCCUUUACAUGCCAAUAACCACUCCUUUACAUGCCCAUACCCACCCCUUUACAUUCCCAUACACACUCCACUACAUGCCCACAACCACCCCUUUACAUGCCCAUACACACUCCAUUACAUGCCCACACCCACCCCUUUACAUGCCCAUACCCACUCCAUCACAUGCCCAUACCCACUCCUUUACAUUCCCAUACCCACUCCUUUACAUUCCCAUACACACUCCUUUACAUGCCCAUACACACUCCUUUACAUGCCCAUACACACUCCAUUACAUUCCCAUACACACUCCUUUACAUGCCCAUACACACUCCAUUACAUGCCCAUACACACUCCUUUACAUUCCCAUACACACUCCAUUACAUGCCCAUACACACUCGUUUACAUUCCCAUACCCACUUGUUUACAUGCCCAUACACACUCCAUUACAUGCCCACACCCACCCGUUACAUGCCCAUACCCACUCAUGUCCUGUGGUGGCUUCUUUGUAGAUUUCUUUUAGAGGCCUUUUUGAAAUAUACAAUUACAAAAAUAAAAAAGCUAAAUCAAUGUUCCAGAAUAUGAAUCUUCUUAAAGGGCCACUAUAGGCACCCAGACCACUUCAGCUCAAUGACGUGGUCUGGGUGCCAGGUCCCUCUAGUGUUAACCCUGCAGCUGUAAACAUAACAGUUUCAGAGAAACUGCUAUGUUUUCACUGAGGGUUAAUCCAGCCUCUAGUGGCUGUCUGAAAGACAGCCGCUAGAGGUGCUUCCUCGCUUCUCACUGUGAAAAUCACAGUGAGAAGAUGCUAGAUGUCCAUAGGAAAGCAUUGUGAAAUGCUUUCCUAUGGACUGUUUAAAUGCACACGUGGCUCUUGCUGCGCAUGCGCAUUCGGAGCUGACGCCAGCAGGGGGUGGAGAGUUCCCCAGCACAGAGGGAGCCUGGCGCUGGAGAAAGGUAAGUGUUUAACCCCUUCAGCCCAGCGGGAGUGGGACCCUGAGGGUGAGGGGGACCUUUAAGUACCUAGUAAGUGUCCUCAUUGAUAAAAUGAAUCUAGUGCUACAAGUUGUCUCUAUUAAAAUAUUCUUGCGUGUCAAUAACAGACAGGACAGGUAUAUAGUUGUGUUGCAGUGGAAAUGUUCCUAUCUAUAUAAUUUAUCAUUAGAUAUACACCGGCAGCUUUGAGAGCUGUAGCAGACUAAACAAGUUGUUUCCUCGAAUUGUGAACUAAAUGUAUUUCCUUUGUCUCUUUCUCUUGUUCUUCUCCACAAGUUUUGGGAAGUUAUCAGUGAUGAACAUGGAAUAGAUCCAGCAGGAAGCUAUGUCGGUGAUUCAGCCCUGCAGCUCGAGAGGAUUAACGUGUACUACAAUGAAUCAUCCUGUGAGUACAGGGGCAAAUGAAGACAGGUCAUGGUGAGGGGGUGAGCUCAUAGCUGUGUUUCCUUCCAUGUGCUUUGCAGGGAGGUUAAAAUAACAUACAUUAUAUAUACACUGAGCAAAAUUAUAAACACAACACUUUUGUUUUUGUCUCCAUUUUUCAUGAGCCGAACUCAAAGAUCUAAGACUUUUUGUUCUCUCAGAUAUUGUUCACAAAUCUGUCUAAAUCUGUGUUAGUGAGCACUUUUCCUUUGCCGAGAUAAUUUAUCCACCUCAGAGGUGUGGCACAUCAAGAUGCUGAUCUACAUGUUGUAGAUACUGAGAAUUAGAAAAUGGGCCAACAUUGAGCUGUCUGUUUAAAAACACAAGGAUGAGUAGAGGGGUUUAACGGCACAGAAAUUCUCUCCUGCUGUGCAAACAUGUACAAUUACACUGAGAUAUAAACAUUAUAUACACGUAUGAUAAUAUAGCAACUCCACACGAGUUCCUCUAGUGUCCCAUAGAAGCAGAGUAUUUAAUUUCCUUGGUUUCCAAGUCACGAUCGGACCAACACCUCUGGAGCAGGUGUGGGUUAUGCCUCGUUGUUCUGUGAGUCAGCACGCUGGCCAUCAGCAUAAAUGGAAACUCUCUAGGUCUUACGUGAUACCACAUACAUUAAUUAAGUGGUCAUUAUUCUAUGUGUGAGGAAUGAAAACCUGUAAGUAUGGAAUCCAGCAGAUAAAAUUAGGAAGCAGGGCCAUCAGCCCAUCUUUUCCGAUAGUACAAGUCUGCUGGUCAUCCUUUGUUCUUGUUUAUAUGUAGCACCUAUUUAGCCAUUUGUGGACUGAUUAUGGUGAGGCACAGAAUCUGUACCACCACAAAUGACAGUAGCUGAAACACAAACUCUGAAAGUUCAAAAGCUGUCAGCAUCCAGAGAGGUGAAAGGUUGCAAUGCCCAUAAAGGAAUGUCCCUGUAAAUAAUAUGUCCAUCUUAAUCAACACAAGAAACACAGACCCAAAAUAACAAAGAUGACAGUAAUGAUGAAUAGAAGUAACAAAUACAGAGUACGUAAAUAUAAAGGAAAUAAACUGAAUGGUCUAUUAGAGAGUCUUUAUGAAACCCUCAGAAAUUACAACCUGGAACCUAAAGAUUCCCUACAUACUUUGCAUUUACAGCCCUACAUUCAUUAGGCAUUCUGUUUUUACAUGGGAUCGUUACAGACUGGUGUAUUAUAAUGGAUAUAUUGUUCAUUGACCUGAAUUCCAUUUAAUAUACACCAAGCCUUAUAAAGUCUCUAUGUAUCUCUGUGCCUUCAGUUUCAUGCCACUUAUUUCCCCCAAUGCUCACACAAAAACCUGCUUUUGGUAGGACUGCUGAGGUUGUGUUAUUUGGCAUGUUUUAAUUGCUUUUUAGUUGAGCUCCUACUAGACUUUAAGGCAGCUUGUCCUCCUGAGGCCUCCAUAACUGCAGUGAUUAGAGAGAAAUAUAUAUACUUACACUACUGUAAAAGUGUAAUAGUACACACUAAUGAAGAAUUUCAAGUGGUACGUGAAAAACUAGGUGUUACCCAGGUGUACCUCACACACACCUAAUAUACAAAUAGGCACAAGAAAAAAGUGGAAAAACACCUAGUAUACAGUAAAUUAAAUAACACCUGGGAAGAUGAAACAGGAAUAGGAUAAAUUAUGUAUGUAGAUCUGUAACAGUUAUAAACAUUACAUAGCGUGAUACAGUUACAGUUAAAUAAAAUGAUGUGUUAUAUAGGAGUCGCACUCACUCCAUAACUGCAGCCCUUACAUAUGCGGACAACUUGAGACAAGUGUGACAGCUCUGUGGAUGCUGUCAUGCUUGUAGGAAAAUCUGUUUGCAACUAGUGGAAUGUCUCUGCAGGGAAGCCUUUCUGACCUUUAUAGACAAGUGGUUUAAGAUAUAGACUUGGUAUGACCCAACUUGUGCACUGAGACUGAAAUUAAUAAUUCAUGUUUUAGCACCAGUGACAACAUCCAGAGGUUACAGCUGCAAAUAUCAUUGCAGUGUGUGUGUCCACUCAUACUCGAUGCCUACAUGUCUUCCCAUUUAUUAAGAGAAAUGCUGCUAAAAGAGGCUGGGAAACUGCUGAAUUAGGCUGAGCUGUAGGGGUCCAUUAAAACAUUAUUUUUGGUAAUUGCGACCGUUACCAUCCUGGUCUCCUCACCAUCCAAAAAACAACCAAAAACAUUGCUAAAACUCUUUUUAUCUAGUUCCACUGCAAGAGUCUCUCUCAGACCAAUUCUCCUCCACUGACGUCAUACACAUUACUUGAAAGUGAUGGACAUUGGGAGACAGGUUGAGGACAUGGGGGGGCGCAGCCAUUAGCUCUCUGUUGCCAGCUUCCUGUAACAGAUGCCAAACAUGUACAGAAUGUAAAAACUUUAAAAAGUGGACAGGUAACUGCAGUACGUAAAAAAAUAACAACUUUAUACCAAAUGCAGCCAAACAGCCCAAAUGCUGCUUUUCUACUGACAGCAAAGGGGAGGCUAGAAGCAAUAUCCAAAAUGAGAAACGCUGCAAGGGGUUAAUUCUACUAUGAGACAAUUACCAGAUCAUUUAAUAUAUCAAAUGUAGCGUAUACAGAACAGACUUUUCGGGCACAGAAAUGUGUAAAUGUCACCAAUAUCGGCAAGCUAAGGGUCCAGACCUACACUUGCCGCUUGAGGAAUGUGCAGUUUUUCUCUGGGGGGCCAGAGGGGUCAUAAACUAAAUUUGUCACUGUUUGUAACUAGCACUUUUUUCCCCCAAUACGUGGUACUUUAUAAUUGCAAUCGAUAUUACACUAUGAACAUUUUAAUUGCACAUAUUACACUAUGAACAUUUUUUUAUUUCAUUUGCAAAAACAGAAUUGAAGGUUUUUAGUUUGGUAUACAGUAUUUCUAAUCCCUAUGUACAUUGGCACAUUCUCUAAGUAUAUUUCAGUAGGUUGAUAUUUACCCAGACCAUUUCAUCUCAAUGAAGUGAUCUUGGUGCAGUGGUCCUAUAACUGUAACCCUUUAAUUUAACCCUUUAAGUGGGAAUCUCCACAAAAAGCACUAAAUUGUUAUAGAUCAGAACUAUGUAAACAAACAAUUGCUCAUGCAAACCCAUUAAUGAUAAGUUGUGGAUUAGCAAACCACUACAGAUAUCGAACAUCUUUCAAAUAAGAAUCCAGGGAACAAAUCCUCUAGUAGCAUUUAGAAUGUUAUAUUAGGCCCUCCCGCUUAAAGGACCACUAUAGUGCCAGGAAAACAUACUCGUUUUCCUGGCACUAUAGUGCCCUGAGGUUGCCCCCACCCUCAGGGUCCCCCUUCCGCCGGGCUCUUUCUCCAGCGCCGGGCAGGGGACUCUCCUCCUUCUCUCCGCCUCCUCUUCGACUGAAUGCGCAUGCGCGGCAGGAGCUGCGCGCGCAUUCAUCCAGUCCAUAGGAAAGCAUUCACAAUGCUUUCCUAUGGACGCUGGCGUCUUCUCACUGUGAUUUUCACAGUGAGAAGCGCGGAAGCCCUCUAGCGGCUGUCAAUGAGACAGCCACUAGAGGCUGGAUUAACCCAUUUAUAAACAUAGCAGUUUCUCUAAAACUGCUAUGUUUAUAGAAAAAAGGGUUAAACCUAGCUGGACCUGGCACCCAGACCACCUCCUUAAGCUGAAGUGGUCUGGGUGCCUAUAGUGGUCCUUUAACUGCACAGUUUAAACUUAACUCAAUCACUAAUCACUAACCAUCGUUUCCAUCAUCUUUUGACAAUUUCCACCAGAACAGUAACCUUUUUCACCCCACAGUGACAUAUAAAGGGACACUAUAAGCACCAAAACAAUUUUAGAUUAAAGGGACACUAUAGUCACCAAAACAACUUUAGCUUAAUGAAGCUGUUUUUGUGUAUAGACAAUCCCUCUACGCCAAGGUUUUUUUUGUGUUUUUUUUUUUUUACUAUUUACCUGUUGGCUGCUAGUGGGCAAAUAGUUUGGAUUUUUUAAAUCUGGGCCUGGAUAUUAAUCAUUCUAUUUAGAAUUUCAGCUGUCUGGUAGCGUUCGGUCAGGUUGGAAUACAAAACUAUUUAAUUAAGCUAAAGUUGUUUGGGGGACUAUUGUGUACCUUUUAAUGCAGUGGUUAUGGUGUAUAGAUCAUGCCUUUGCAGUCCUAAGUGGCAGAGAAUUGAGACUGCAGUGGCAUGGUUUAUUAAGCUAAUGUUGUUUUGCUGCUUAGAGUAUCCUUUAAACAUUUGAAAACAUACCUUUAUAUUCUGAAAACCACAUGUAAGCCAUCAGCUUUUAUCCUGAGAGUCGACACACAUACUAUCUACACUUAAGGGUCGUCACACUCGAAUCAGCUGUGUCUUAAGAGCAAACAUUACUCUCACCAGCUGUUUGCCUCUGAAUAGCACCCUCACAAUUAGCUGUUUGUCUUGCAAACUAGCACAGUCACCAUCAGCUGUCUGCUGGAUGUCUGCACGCUCAGCAUUAACAACAGGUGGUCGUAUCAAGAACCAACACAAGCAUCACCAGCUGUAUGUGCGAAUAAUCGGAUACUGGGCGCUUACCUGAGCCAUGUGUCCAAGACCUAGUAAUAUAAUGUCCUUAUGGUAUUUGGUCAGCUAAUAGUGUCAUUGUCACUAGCUUUCUGUCUGGGUAGGUAGCAGAAUAAAGCGGAGUACGAUCUGUAUGUAAAUAAGCUAACACCAUCGUAGACUAAGAAAUAUGUUCUAUUUAUUGUUGUUUGUUUAAAAUGAACUUGAUCUAGAACUUGAUAGUGUCUCUGAUAAACGUAGACAUUCCGUACACACAAGGUGGAGAUUUUUAAAAUGUGGGCAUAGAUUUUAAGCAUUCUGUUCCGAAUCUCAGCUGUCCGGUAGCGUUCGGUCGGGCUGGAAUCAGGAUUUUGCAGUCCAAAUAGUCCAAUGCAUAGCCAGAUGGUUUUGCCCAUUCGGACUCUAGUGUGUAACCCUGUUUAAUAUUAUAGGAGAUAUUAUGCAUAAAUGAACAAUGUGUAUCUCAGACCUGCUCUGCUUGAUCUCUACUUUUCCAGUAAUCGUCUGCUGAUACCCAGUGUGACUCCGUCAAAUAAAUACUGUGUGUUUUGUGUACAUUAGCAUCCUGCUAGUAAUACAGAAUUGUUUACACAUAGCAGGAAUUAACUUUGGUAUGUCUGAAAUGUUCGAUCUCAAGUCUAAAAAUGGAACUGUUUUUGUUCCUACAGAAACCUCUGCUCAGCCUAGAUCUGGAGCAUUAUAUCAUGGAUUUGACAUUAGGUUAAAAUACUAUGUUUUAGAUACAUAAGAAUACAAAAAUGCUGACCUUACAUACAAGGUGACUAACCAUUAAUAACAAACCCAUCUGUCAUGGCACUCGGAGUUACUGGUUUUUGGGAGGGGAGCACGACAGAGCUUGCUAGUUGAAGUGUGCAGUUACUUGUCGAAGACCUUGCUGAAUCAUUACCUAAUGAUACUGGGGCUUUUUUCUAAACUAGUACUAUUUAAGGUUUACUGGCAUUCAAAUUUUCAAACACAUUGUUUUGCAUGAUAUUAUUUUGAUUGCCUUCCUUGAUUGCAAAGCAUGGCCAUUUUUCAAGCUAAAGGGACACUUCGGGCACCAAUACAACUAAACACAUUUGAUAGGUUUUGGCUUCAUUAUUAUGCUGUAUUUUUUGCAUUCUCAAAUAUGUAUAGUUUUUGAAAAAAUAAAAAAAUGUUUAGCUGAAUGCUGCAGCAUAAGCCUGCCUCUUUAGCCACUCCCCCUCACUCCAGAAAAAGACUUCCUUAUCAAAGCUAUGCACAGCUCAGCCACUGACAGUAAUAAAUGAUCUAAAGAACAAAACAGCCUACAUUAGAAGGAGAGGACACUCAGGGAGACAUAUAGUAAGGAUAUCACUACCUGCUUAUAGUUUCUCUGACUGUCUGCAUCCAGGUUGAGAAUUAGAAUUAGCUCACCCCAGCUGUAGCAUACAUUUGCUAAGAAAGUCAUUAUGGGAUGAGGGGCUUGGCUGAGGAGGCAAGCUUUUAGUGCAACAUUCUGCAAAAAAAAAUAUUGAAGCAAUGAGUAAAUAAACUAUGUCACCUUUAUCAUCUCUACAAUUAUACACAAUCGACUUGAACAUAAAUGACUGGCACAAAGCGGGGGUGAAGAAGAUAAGGCAACUAUUAGAUACAACACAUAUAAAACAUUACCAGACCUGCAAACAGAAGUCUCGCUCCGCUCAAAAAAGGUGUGCGCAUAUCUCAGAAUUAAAAAUAUACUGCUUACUCCUAAAAUGUAAAGGCUAAAUAGGAAAAACAUAACCACCAUCCGCAAACCCUGCUGGAGGACUAAAUCCACGACUAAACCGUUAACACUAGACUAUCAGUUUAUUGCACAAAAUAAUAAACCCACCAAGCUACCAUUAUGCUCCAGUGGGAAAAAGAACUCACGAAGAGCGUUAGCAUUAAUAUGUGAAACAAAGAUGCAUCCAAAUAUCUGACACAUUUAGAGGUGAAAAAUAAGCUAGUAAUGAGGUGGUACACGGUUCCCCAACGCUUAGCUCAGAUUUUCCCCUCUAGCUCAGCGGUGUGGUUGAGAUGCAGUAGAGAAGUAGGCUCAGGGUUGCACAUAUUUUGGUCCUGUCGUUAAAAACAUUUUGGAACCAUGCACUAGUUAUGCUAAACCUGGUAAGCUCAGCUAACAUACAUCUUUCUUCAGAAGUCAGUUUACUUGAUAUGUUUAGAGCAGAUAUAAGAGGUUAUGAUAAAACCAUGGUAAUUCAUAUACUAACCGCAGCUAAAAUUAGUAUAGCGGUGGCAUGGAAAUCUAUGUCUCUGCCUCCUAUACAAAUAGUAAUCACAGGUUGCAACAAUCAAGUAGGUAUGAAACUAUGACAUACCGCUUACUUGGUAAGCAAAUAAUAUAUAUAUAUAUAUAUACAUACAUAUACACACACACACACACACAACAACAACAACCACAAUAUUUCUCAAAAUGGAAGGGGGAUAGUGGAUGAACUAGUGGUUGUUGAAUGUUCGUGUGUCUGUAUGCUGUUUUUGAUACUUUACAUGUCAUUUAAUAAGUUGUGUUUAUUACUGUGUUUAAUGACUGAUGUAUAAUCUUGUAAUAUAUUUACAGAACCUGGAUAUAACUCAUAUAUUGUACUUCACAUGUAAUGUAACGCCUCAAAGCCAAUAAAAACCAUACAAUACAAAAAAGAAAAAAAGCUCCAGACAUUGUUCAAUUUCUGGACAUUGCAAAACAGCCUUCUAAUUAAUCUGCAGGUAGUCCAGAUUUCAGGCUAUACAGGUGCAACCAAAUUGCUAAAAACAAAAUGGAAUUAAAUGCUCAGAUUCAAGAUAAUGGGCUCCUAACUGUCAUACUGAAGUUACACAAUGGAGUUGGUCCAAAUGUGCAAGCGAAUAGGGACAAACACUAAUACUGCAGAGAACUAUUAUGAUGGCCAAAUCUAUUCAAGAAAGAGUUAACUCCAUGGAGGGGUUUUAUAUACUCCAAUUAUAAACACAUAUCUAAUAGGCAUUUCAUUAAUAAUUUAUUCAUUUCUGUUUUAUAUUUAUAUUUAUAUUUACCUUUUGCCCACUAGCUGUUGGUGCUGUCAGGGGAGAAGACUAGUGAAUUUGGUUGAAAAUUAAUGUUUGAUAAAUGUGUAAAUCCCAUAUUUUAUACUGGAUUCUUAUUUGAAAAAGACAAAUUUUAAGGCUCAUACCAGAGAUCACUUGAGAUGAGAUGUGCUAAAUUGGUUGAAUAAUACAAAAUUACAACUGAAUUUAUUUUUUAUCAAUUACGAGAAUUACAAAUCUAGUUUAGAUCCUUCCAUUGCAAACAAAGAUUAUCCAUCUGGACUAAAUCGAAUAACCACAAUGAACGUUUUAAUAGCACAUGCCUUCCACGUGGCUGUUGGGUGAUCACACUGUUGUGUGCUUUAUAUGGCUUGCUUUGAUCACGCCUUAAAACAGUGACACUUCCAAGAAGGGCUCCAGGCUGACUGGUACACAUGGGGUUGUGUGGUUUGUAGAUUAAUUAAAUCACAGGAAAAGAGCAGAACAUGACAUCAGGGGCCCAGUCUGAAUUAACACCCAGAUAUUUUACUGAACGUCUUUAGUCAUACUUCUAGGACUUGACUACAUAAAAUUUAAAAAUAUAAUAUAUAUAUAUAUAUAUAUAUAUAUAUAUAUAUAUAUAUAUAUAAAAAUAUAUAUAUAUUACUAGUUUGGUACUGUGACCUGCAGAUAUUGUUGGACUACAACUCCCAUAUUUCUCUGCAUACAAAUGUAUUGAAGAGAACUGUGGGAGGUGUUGUCCAGCCACAUUGCCAGGGCUGCAGUUUGGGACCACUGUAGUACCCAGCCCUGAUCUUUUGAAGCUAACUAAAAAACAAAUAUACCCAGGUGGCAACAUUCUGCCAUGUAUAUAAUAUGGCAAACAUAUCCUGUAUUAAUAAUGAUAAAAUCAAUAAACAUUAUUUAUAUUUACAGCUCAGAAGUAUGUGCCAAGGUCCGUCCUGGUGGAUCUGGAACCAGGUACCAUGGACAGCGUCCGGUCUGGCCCAUUUGGACAGCUUUUCAGGCCUGAUAAUUUCAUUUUUGGUAGGUAUAAAUAUAGAUAGUGUACAACAAAACAAUGAAAGGCUGCGCCAGAAAAAAAAUAAUAAAUAGUAAAAAAUACACAGAAUUUUUUUUUUGUUUAUAUAUAAUAUAUAAAAUAUAUAUAAAGAAAAUUAAAAAAUAAAAUAAGUGUAUAAAACAGUCCCAAUUUAUAUCAGAAAUUAUAUAUUCUUAGUUGCUGUUUCAGCUGGUAGGAUCUCUUCUCUGUUUGUAGUGGAUCGUCUCGCAAUAUAAAAGACACAAUGAGAAAGGACCAAUCGUGUAGAGUGUAUAAAAUAGAUGUAAAUAAAUUAAAAUAUAAAUUGUACACUCACAUUCGAAUGAGCUAUGUCCAGCUCAGGUGUAACAGGCAUACAGCGGAUUAAUCCCCGCUUGCGGGAUAUGUAGAUGCUUGUCCUCCGGAGAGUGAAGGUAUCCAAUUCUCAAGGAAGAUGACACGAUGUAGAAAUAGGUUGAAGUAAAAUAAAAUAUACUCACAAGUGGAGUGCAGGCCUGUCUGCACUCGGAUGAUAGCGUGGGUGGUAUAAUCCCCACUUUAGGAUAAGUAAAAUGCCAGGAAACAGUGAUCAAAGAUGUAUAAAAUAAAAUAAAAUCGUAUAAAGGAAUGAUAGUACAAAAUUAUUUAUUUAUAUAAAAUAUACAGUAUAAUAAAACCAAUAAUGCGUUUCACCACUGGGGCUUUAUCAAAUUCUAAAACAAAUAAAGGUUUACUUCAAUGUUAAUGGGUUUUUGACUGAGUCCCCUGAUGCAAUUCACGAGCACGAGAUGUUUCAUGGCACUGGAACUUUGAUCUAAUUCUGAUCCUUUCAGAGAUUAGACUGAAUUUUAAUGCAAUGAGGGCCAUCAUGGGAUAUGAUGCGGUCAUCCCCCCUCUCCAUCCUUACAACUAUCUCUCCUAUAAGAAAGCACUUUAGUUGUCAGUUACUUUUAUCACUGAACCUUUACAAUAAACAAUAGUUGAUGCUAUAUACAGAAUAAUCUAUGUAUAUAAAUCUUACAUGUGUCAUGUUAAAAAAUCCAACAAAGGUCAUUUGCUGAAAACAACAUAUACUAAGUAGUAGCACUUUUCCAUUCAAAGCUUACUACCACUGAGCAUGCACGCAACGUGGAGUGAUCAUUACUUGUGUAAUGCACUGAUGUUUGUUUACUAGUGUUGAGAGUACUUGCACUGACAUCACGUGCAACUGCUUUUGGUGCUAGUGCACAUGUUAAUGCCCAGGAAUUCCUGCAGCCUUAAGCAGCCCCUAUUCUUUUGGGAAGUAGAGGCUAAAUAUUAUAUAUAAAUAUUUUUUUUUUGCAAAGUUUGAACAACUUCCACCAACUUGCGUACCUUGAAAUUAUCCAGGUGCAUAGUGUCCCUUUAAGCACUAUGGUCUCUAAAUAAUCUAGAGCAGGGCUGGCAGAUUGCUAAAUGUAACCUCCAGUCUUAUUAAAGGCACUGGUUCUUUUCUACCUAUUAAGGCUUAGUUUUCAUUUGUUCAUUAUUUUAUUUUUUUUGUUUCUAAUAUAGGACAAACCGGUGCAGGAAACAACUGGGCAAAAGGACAUUACACAGAGGGGGCUGAGUUGGUAGAUUCAGUUCUGGAUGUGGUCCGAAAGGAAUGUGAUCAUUGUGACUGUUUGCAAGGGUUCCAGCUAACCCAUUCUCUUGGAGGUGGAACAGGAUCUGGAAUGGGGACACUUCUCAUAAGCAAAAUAAGAGAAGAAUAUCCAGAUAGGAUAAUGAACACAUUCAGCGUUAUGCCCUCACCUAAAGUGUCUGAUACUGUGGUUGAGCCCUAUAAUGCAACACUGUCUGUCCAUCAACUGGUGGAAAACACAGAUGAAACGUACUGCAUUGACAACGAAGCCUUGUAUGACAUUUGCUUCCGUACAUUGAAGCUCACUACACCCACCUAUGGAGAUUUGAACCACCUAGUCUCAGCUACCAUGAGUGGAGUUACCACUUCACUACGAUUCCCUGGCCAGCUCAAUGCAGAUCUCAGAAAACUAGCGGUUAAUAUGGUACCAUUCCCACGUCUUCAUUUCUUCAUGCCAGGAUUUGCACCACUGACAGCUCGGGGAAGCCAACAAUACAGAGCCCUCACUGUACCUGAACUUACACAGCAGAUGUUUGAUGCCAAGAAUAUGAUGGCAGCUUGCGAUCCACGUCACGGGCGGUAUCUGACAGUGGCCACAGUCUUCAGGGGACCAAUGUCCAUGAAGGAAGUGGAUGAACAAAUGCUUGCUGUUCAGAACAAAAACAGCAGUUACUUUGUAGAAUGGAUUCCUAACAAUGUAAAAGUAGCUGUAUGCGACAUCCCACCACGUGGCUUGAAGAUGGCCUCCACAUUCAUUGGCAACAGCACGGCCAUCCAAGAGUUGUUUAAGAGGAUCUCAGAGCAGUUCUCGGCCAUGUUCCGUAGAAAGGCUUUCCUACAUUGGUUUACAGGGGAGGGCAUGGAUGAAAUGGAAUUUACAGAGGCUGAGAGCAAUAUGAAUGACCUGGUUUCUGAAUACCAGCAGUAUCAAGAAGCUACUGCCAAUGAUGGGGAGGAGACAUUUGAAGAGGAUGAAGAAGAAAUUAGUGAAUAAGAAGCUGAAUGCAAAAUUAAAAUCAGCAGAAUCCAUAUUUUGUAAACAAAUUGUCUGAAAUUCUUAACUUUAAAUUUCUCUGUUACACUUGUAAAUGUUUGAAGGCCAUUUCAACAACAAAACUUUUUUUUUUUGUAGCACUUGAACCUGUGGGGGAAUUUACACUUCUAGGACAGAUUUUGUAAUACAGCUCAUUGUUUAAUAAAGAAGAUACACAUAUAUUUGUAUUAGAAAUUUUGCAAAAUGGUUGAAAAUACAGAGGUGAAAUGUUUAAUAAAAGUUAUUCCUUGCCAGUUGUGUUAACCAUUGUGGAUUUUUAUUAGGGCAUAACAAGAAAAAGUAAGGACUUCUUGCUAAAGGUGUUGACUAAUUUUGCAGGCCUCCUAAAUGUCCCACUAUUGGCGGGACAGUUGCUAUUUAAUGCCAUUUCUAUUUCCGAACAUUGUUUAUUUUAUUUCUUCCGAAAGAUAAAACCUGCAUUUUAUGUAUCCUUUUAAGUGAUUAAGUAGAUAUGUUGCCUUCAAAACUACUGAACCUGGAAAAUAGUAUAGAUGUGUAUGUUGUCAAAUUUUCCAUAAUGUCUUAAUAUGUGAAAAAAUUCAUUAAAAAAAAAAAAAUUCUUCCCUAUUCCUGGUUUAGUCAACAACACUAAUGAGAAUUGUAAUGGUGCUCUAAUCUGGAGCAAUAUGCCCCCAUCAUUUCCCUUGUAUCCACCAACUUGAUUAACAAAAUUAAAGGCACAUCCUAUUUUUAUUUUUUGGGGAGUAGUUAAAAUUAACAAAAAAUGAGUGUACAAAAGCACACAUACAGAUUCACAAAUAGAAAACCAGAAGAGAACAGUGAUUCACCAAGAAGAAUUUUGCUUUUACUUCCUUUCAACAGCAAUGUAUUAAGUAUUAUUAUUAUUAUUAUGUUAUUUAUAUAGCGCCAUCAAAUUCCGCAAAGCUUUACAAUGGGUAAAAAAGGGACACUAUAGUCACCAGAACAACUACAGCUUAUUGUAUUUGUUCUGGUGAGUAGAAUCAUUCCCUUCAGGCGUUUUGCAGUAAACCCUGUCUUUUCAGAGAAAAAGCAGUGUUUACAUUACAGCCUAAUGAUAACUCCACUGGCCACUCCUCAGGAGAGGCUGAUUGGCUAUGGCUGUUUUUGACUUGUGCUGGCUCUGCCCAUAAUCUGCCUCUUUAAUAGUCUUAUCCAAUCCAAUGGGAAAGCAUUUUGAUUAGCUCAGAGAAUCACUUCUGAUGAUGUCAGCCAACCAGGCAGAUCAGACAAAGGUAGCAGGUGCAGACUUGAAUCCAAGUAACAUACUAUAGUUAGGGAGUGGGGGGAGGGGUUAGAUGGUAGUUUUAGAUGAAAGAGAAAAUGAAAUUAGUGUAAACCAAUUAGCCAAACAGGGAAAAGAUGACAAGUUAUACAGAGGACCAAGUGUAACGUAUCCAGUGUGGUAGACAGACUUUCCAGGUGUGUAAACAUAUUUGAAUAUAUACACUAAACUACACAAUAUAUGCAGAAUAAGGUGGAAUAGGGUCCAUCAAUUAGUGGUAGGGAAGUUGUGGGAAACCAGAUAAAAGUAGACUGCCCUAGAAAAGGAGAUCCCUUAUUGGGGGUUGCAGUGUAUUCCAUUAUGGCAGGACUAGCAACUCCUGCCGGUGAAAGGUGGAGGUGGGGGUCAAACGGAGUAUAAAUGAAGCUUCUUAACAAUGAGGACAGGCCAAGUAGAUUUAUUUUUGCCAAUACGAAAGGGCAUGUGGUUUGGGGUACAUUUGGGAGAUCUUGCAAGGUGAGAAUACCAGUUAUUUCUUCUGGAAUGUGUGGCCAACAAGUGUGUAGAACUAAAAUUCCAUGAAGCUUUGCCCACACCCAGCAUUAAGAAGUAAUUCUAGAGAGGUUCUACCCCAGUAGUUUAUUUACUACAUUCCAAAUGUCCUUCAGAAUAAUGAAGUAUUAUUUUUCCAUUUGGCAGAAGAAUAGUAGAGAAUAGCAAUAUAUUGAAGCUUGUGGUUAUGAGACUUGCCA